AUGGCUACCAAACCCAACAACAUGCCUAAUUGGAUGAUGAUGGCAUUGGCACCGCAAUAUGGGAAUCGUGGUACCUGGUCAUCUCAGCUUCGUACGGCCAAUGUUAUGCCACCCAAAGCCUCUACAGAAACCAUUGAAGAUAUGGAGAUCGACCUAGAGGAAGACGAGAGUGAUACAUCUGUCGAACCUGGUAUCACCGGGAAAUCUAAUAUUGUCCCUCUACAAGCCAUGGACAAGCUGGUGCAGGACUUGCUGGCCUCCCAACAAAACCUGGAAGACGAAAAGCGAAAGGCAGAGGACAAAGAUGCUGAGAUUGCCCGACUCAAGGAAGAAGCGGCUCAGCUCCAGCAGAGAGAUCACAAGGACUGCGAGGAAACAAAUGAAAUGCGACGGCUAUUGGCGUUUCACAUCAAGAAUGAGGAGCAGCUGUCGAGGAGGCUUAGGGACUUACAGGCCGUCAACGAGGGCCUCCAGGCCCAACUGCAGGCCACCGAGAUGGCGCUUGAGGCGAGCAACACGUUUCCACUCUCGUCUCUGGAUUUGGCGCCCAUGGAAAAGGAGUAG